GAGACGGGAGGGCAAAGUAUUUGACUGCAACUCAAGCUCGGAGCGGCCCGUUUUACGACUCGACGACUUGUCUAACGCCUUCGCACACAAUCGAGUGUUUCGGCGAGUCUGAUAUGCGUUUUCCGUCCCUGAACAUCAACUCUCAAGCCUUUCUCUCACCCUGCCUUCGUUCUUGGCAUCGGUAGGCUAUACCAUAGCCACGUCCGUUCGUUUAGAAGCACGACACACCGCCCGCCAUGGCCGAAGCAUCGAGCAAGGACCCGGGGUCAAGUCCACCACCGCUGCCAACACCAUCCUCCACCUUCACGCCGUCCCCGUUGACCCCAACAGGAUCAAGGCCAAGACUCAGCGCGCGAAGGCAGUCUCGGUUUACCGAGGACAUGGCAGAGCGAGCGCCAGCAGCGUCCAUCUCGGAGCGAUCCCUGGACUACCACUGGUAUGGGCCCUCGGCAGAGGAUGUCAACACCAACACAAACAACACGAAGAAUAUUGCGGCUCCAAGUACGGGUCCGGACCCCGCAGAUACGGCGGUCGAGAAUCGAGGGGCGUUGAUACGCUUUGUGAACGGGGCACUGCAUGUUGUGCCCUGCUCGGUGAUGGUUGCGAUUAUGGCGUAUGCGAUGCGUGUGUUGGGAGAGGAUAUGGGGAGUUACAUGAGCAUACAAGCCAUUGUUCUAUUUUGUGUUGUCUUCACCGAUGUCGUCCUAGAUCUUGUCACUCUGUUUCGGGCGCAAAAGCCGUGGCCGACCUGGGGUCUGGUGCUAAGAUGCCUCUGCGGGUUUGCUUAUAUGGUUCUUUUCUUGGUCUAUGUCGGCUUGGGCGGCCCGUUUCCUGAUGGAUAUACCUACUGGGGUCUUCCUAUGCACGCUGCAGCUCCGCUGCUGUAUAUCCUUCUAUCAGUGGAGGGGCUCUGGAACCUCCUCCACAUCCCCGUGUGCCGAUGUGGAUUCGGCAGUACUCUACUACUACGACGCGCCAACGCAGCCUCCAGCCCCGCACCAACCCUGCACGAUCGAACCAGCUUCAACCAGCGCUUCUCCGUGGCCGGGACCGAACACUCGUCCAUCAGCCUGACGUGGCGCCAUUGGGUGCGGACACGGAGCACGCAGCACAGCCGAGACGACCUCGAGAACGGCUUCAUCCACCGGGAACCCUCGGUCGACUUCACCCUGCGGGGACAGCCCGGCGAGGAGGACGAUAAAGCGGGUAGCUCGCGCGCGAGUACUAGUUACGGGGGUCACUGCCGCGAUAAGGCGGAGGAGGUGGGUGGCGUAAAGGUGGAUGAGAAAUGGCGUGAGGAAGACCCGGAGGAGACGAGUCGUGUGAUGAGGUCAAGGGAUGUUGGGCAGUGAUGUAUGGACUGGGCGGAGCAUUGCAUGGCGCAUGGCGUGAUAUUUAGGGGAUUGGAUACCCAUAGAUGAGUCAAUGUGUUGAAGAUGAUGAUGAGAUGAUCUGAUCCUGUAUUUCGUACAUGCGCCUGCUGUUCCCUUUUCCCGAUGGCUGGAGUUAUCCACCCGUCCCCUUCUGGC